GAAGCAGUGAGCGGACGUGUCGACAGAGUUUUCCGAAGUCCAUUACGGAACUGAAGAGGCCUCUGCUUGGACAAGUCGUUGAUAUCCUCAAGGGCACAGAUUUUAUCAGCAUGGCAACUCAUCUGGCAUCAGCUGCUCCAGGUACUCACAACAGGCGUGGUGGUGAGAAACACUACAGGUGUGAGGAGUGCAGCAAAACGUUCAGUCAGCUUGGUGGUCUGAAGGCACAUAUACGGACUCACACUGGUGAGAAACCGUACAAGUGUGAGGAGUGCAACAAAACGUUCAGUCAGCUUGGUAGUCUGAAGGCACACAUGCGCACUCACACUGGUGAGAAACCCUACAGGUGUGAGGAGUGCAGCAGACAUUUCGGUUCGAUGGGUCACCUGAACAUGCAUAUGAGGACCCACACUGGCGAAACACCCUACAGAUGUGAGGAGUGCAACAGACAUUUCAGUCAACUGGUUACUCUAAAGAGACACAUGCUAACUCACAUUGGUGAGAAACCCCACAGAUGUGAGGAAUGCGGCAGGCAGUUCAGUCGCCUGGAUCAGCUAAAGAGGCAUAUGAGGGUCCAUAAUAGUGAGAAACCCUACAGGUGUGAGAAGUGCAGCAAGCGGUUUAGUCAACUUGGUGCUUUAAAGAUACACACACGGACUCACACUGGGGAGAAACCCUACAGGUGUGAGGAGUGCAGCAGGCAGUUUAGUGUGUUGCAUUCUCUGAAGAAGCACAUAAGGACUCACACAGGUGAGAAACCCUACAAGUGUGAGGAGUGCAGCAAACAGUUCUGUCAACUGGGCCAGCUGAAGGAACACAUUCGAACUCACACCGGUGAGAAACCCUACAGGUGUGAGGAGUGCAGCAAACAGUUCAGUGAGCUGCGUCAUCUGAAGAGACACAUGCGAACCCACACUGGUGAGAAACCAUACAAGUGUGAGGAGUGCAGCAAACAGUUUAGUCGGCUGGGUGGUCUGACAGCUCACAAACGAACUCACACUGGUGAGAAACCCUACAGAUGUGAGGAGUGCAGCAGGCGGUUCAGUCAGCUGGGUCAUCUACAGAACCACAUACGGACUCAUACAGGGGAGAAACCUUACAGGUGUGAGGAGUGCAGCAAACAGUUUAAACAAAAGAGUCAACUGAAGACUCAUAUGCGGAUUCACACGGGAGAGAAACCCUACACGUGUGAGGAGUGCAGCAAACAGUUCAGAACGCUAGGUCAGCUAAAGAGACACAUGCGGACCCACACUUAGGCCGUGUACAGACAAAACCGGUGGAAGCUGCAGAUAUGCAUUUGACGACUCCAAAUUGCAUUGAAACUGGCUCGAUCUCAAACCACCUCUGGAGGUAGUUUCGGAGGUAGUUUUUCUACCGGAUCGCGACUUGAUUCUAAACGCGAGAAGAUUUCACCGCCGGUUUACCUAGCAUAUUGACCAGGUCAUGGAUUACGGGUUGAUAUUUCUUUAUGUACAAAAUGUAUAUGCAACACAAAAAGGUACAUAAUGACCGAAUAACGUUAACGUGUCCAUUCUAGGACGAGCUCCAGUGAGUCUGGCGAGACCAAGCCGGCAGUCGGCCAAGGUUCUUAGCGACGCUGAAAGCUCGAUGGGCCACUGAGCAUGCAGGUCUAUGACCUCUAACAUUGGCACCACGCCAACUUGCGUCUUUUUAUCAAACAGCAAUGAUUGAAUUUUAGCCCAAUUGUGCUUGGCCACGAUUAUGAAGGAAUGUGUGGCACGUGGACCGAGUAGUGGAGAAGAUGUGAUGCGAUUUACCUGAAUCACGCUUCCACCGCUUUCAUCUGAACAAGUAGGGGGGGGGGCAGUAAACAGUUAAGUUACCUGGGUAAUCUGAAGACUUACGGGGACUUACUCUGGUGAGAGAUCCUGCAGGUGUAAGGAUUACAUCAGGCAUUUCAGUGAUUAAAUUUCCUUGAGGAGACAUUGGGAGACUUACACCGGUAAGGUUAGCAGUUCAGUAACCGAAAGACAUUGGAUUUUUCAGGGAAUACCGACAAUAAAAUGUCCGUUUGCAGCGUUGCAAAACUUCACUGAGGAAAACAAUGUAACAAAAAAACGUUAAUUUUACGUAGACAGGUAAUGCUCAAGUCUCGGCGUCCAUUGUAUAAAACCUUACUUUGCUGUACCAUGGUCAAUGUUAUGUAACAAUCAAAUAUUAUGGAAAAUAACCUGCACACUUAUCGCAGCAAUGCUAAUGAUAGACCGAAAGCCAUUCUUUUUUUUUUGGACAUUGAAUUUGCAAAUCUGGCAGAAUAUCUAUAGUAUACAGAAUCUUUUCUAAUUAAAAUGUUUAAGUGAGAAUGAUAGUCUUACAUGAUUUAGUAUAGUUUACAUGUCUUAAUGGUCAAUGCCGGAAGUAACUGGGCUCCGUUCUUCUUAGUAAAAUGGAAUUUCCUCACUUGGCAAUUGACUAAAUAGUAUGAAUCGCAGUGCAAAUAUGUUGUGCUAGUCACGUGAAACUUCCGAUAAUUGUUAGUGAAUGUGAUCGAAAAAUGUAUUAAUUCGUGUUGGUAGCUACAUGUAUCUUCCCUUCCUAUCACCUAAUGAUAUAAAUGAUUAUGAUAGAUAAUGUGUUUUCCGCUAGCUAUAGAGAUUUUGUCUUUUAUCCGUAUCACGAUUUCGUUAAUAAAUCGAUCAAAGUAUGACUAACACACGAAAUGUUGUAGUAUAUUUCUGCCAGGGGGGGCAGUUACUCAAGC